AUGGCCGCAUCAACACCAACUGUAGAUGACCUAGACGGACUGCUAGCGUCUUUGAACUCGCUCAAACCACCGGGCGCCAGCAAGACCAAGAUCACCACCAUUACCACCCUGUGUGUGAAUAAUAUUCAGGCCGAGUCCAGCCUUGUACAGUCAUUCUACCGAGCAUUGAAGAAAGCACCAUCAACCCACAAAUUAGGCGCGUUGUACGUCAUUGAUAGUGUAGUACGACAAUGGAUCGAAAAAGCAAAAGCAGCGGGACAGGAUUUACAUGUGGAAGGACGAGGAGAGCCCGGCACAUAUCCCGCUGCUGUUAAACGCGUCACGGAGCUCAUGCCGGCGCUGUUUGAUGAUAUGAUGAAGGACAUCCCUACAGAACAAAAGCCCAAGCUUGAGAACAUGAUCACGAUCUGGGAGCGUGCCAACACAUUCCCGGCAAAGAUGCUUGGCGAGUUCAAGAGUAGACUGAAAGGUGAAGGUGCUCCAUCUGGGCAAACUGCUGCUCUUCAGACUGCUUCAACAGCACCCUCAGAAGUGCAAGUGGCACCUGUUCCAACGCGGCCUAUAAUGACACCCGUAGGAUAUCCUCCUCGUCACUUGUAUGAGCAAGGUCUUGCGGCGCCUCUAGCAACUAACGGCCCGCCUCGGCCAGCACCUCCUCCAUCUUCACUUAGGUCGCCGCCAGCUGCUCCGCCCUCGGACGUAAACAGUAUUCUAGCUGCAUUGUCCAAAGCUGCCCCUGUAUCUCAACCUCCUCCAGCCAUGCCAGUCAGCACCCCAAAUCAAGCUUCUGCACCAGCAGCUCAGCUGCCACCUGGCAUUGCAGCUCUGUUUGCCCAGCAGCAACAUGCAGCAGCACCUCCGCCUCCUAUUCAGCAGCAGUAUCAACAGCCUGCGCCAUCUUUCCCUUAUAUGCCACAGCCUGACGCAAACCCCUCAUAUCAGGCGCAGGCUCCGUAUGGCGGAUAUCCUCUACAGCCGCCGUCUUCCGUGCCACAAUCGUAUUCCGCAGCACCGCCACCACAGCAAGCAUAUGCACCACCGCAGAAUGAUCCCUUGGCCCCACUACGAGGACUCCUUCCAGAGAAUAUCCUGAACGACACACAGAAGCUGAUUCCAGCACUGCAACUCCUCCAGGACUUACAAAAGAAUGGUAUUCCUCCUGAACAAUGGGCGCCUGUACUGAAGGGCUUCGAAGAACAAUAUCAGCCUCAGCAACAAGCAGGGUUCAACGGCCAAGCAAACUUCGGUCGAGGACAAGAUCGUGAUCGCAGCCGCAGUCCCGAUAGGGGCGCACGCAACGGCCGCGAUAGCCCAGUGUACGGCUCCUAUGAUCCCAACAAUCGUCGCGAUGGGGAUGAUGAUCGCAAUGGACGUGGCCGAGGGCCAGCACCAUCGCGCUUCCGACAGCGAUCUCCACCCAUGGCUUCUCGCGACAAUCCUUCCGCCAUCGCCAUGAACGGCAAGCCCAUGCAACCCAAAAUCAUCGGAUACGACGCCAACUUGCCUCACGGCUACAUCAAAGUCAUGUCCCGCACUCUAUUCGUCGGCGGCGCCAAUGGCAGUCAAGCCGAGAUCCAGGCCCUAUUCGAGCGCUUCGGCGUGGUCCAAACAUGUAUCGCCAACCGCGACAAACGCCACGCCUUCGUCAAGAUGACCACCCGCAAUUUCGCGCUCGACGCCAAGCAAAACAUGGAAGACAUGCAAGCCCGCAACGACCGCGACGUCAUGAACAUCGCCCGCCAGACCAAAUGGGGCGUCGGCUUCGGCCCCCGCGAAUGCUGCGACUACGCCAAAGGUGAAAGCGUCAUCCCGAUCGACAAACUCACCGACGCCGAUACCAAAUGGCUGCUCACCGCCGAAUACGGUGGCACCGGCGGCCGCCCCAUCGAGAGCGGCAUGGUCCUCGAGGAGCCGGACAUUGAAAUCGGCGCCGGAGUCAGCAGCAAGGCCAUGAGCAAGCGCGUCGGCCCCGACAUGUCCGGCCAGCCGACCAAGCGCCAGCGAGAUGACCGCGCCGGCGGUCAGGGCCCCGGUGGCCGACACGGUGGGGGACACCACCACAACCGCAACAAAGGUGGCGAUCAUGCAUACGGCAAUGGAGGCGGCGCUGGAAAUGGCCAGCAACCUCCGAUAAACCCCUACAGCUAUGCCCGCCCCGAGCCCGUGGCGGUCGCGACGCCCCCCGCUGUGCCGGGCUUUGGCUUCAGUUUGAACCUCCCUCAGAGCGGAGGUGGAGGCGGUUCUUACCGCUGA